CAGCACUAAAGAAGGGAUCCAGAAGAGCUCCGGGGAUGCUCCAAAUCCUUCUUGGUGCCUUUUGCUGUCUUCGGAGGUCUGAUGUUCCGGUUGGUGUCGUUGAAUGCGAGCUCGGGGGAGCCAAUGCCGGAUGUCGUGGUGUUCUUUUGCUAGUUUCUUGUUCUUGAUUCAGCCGGGACUUCGUGCUCGGGUAUUGGGAGUGUAGUCGUUGCUUUAGGAGGAAGUGCAGAUAUAGAGGGGGUUGCAGGACUGUUGAUGAUCGUUUUCUGGUGGUCUUUGAACAGAAGGUUGCGCGUUUUGGUGUGCAGAUUCUGUCGGGUUAGGGUUUUUGAGGCAAUGGUUCUUGCGAAUUAUUGUUUUUAUCGAAGGCGGCGAUGAAAUUUAGUGUUUGUAAAUGAUCAAUGCUUUCGAUUUUUGUUUCUCGUCGUGUUAGUAUAGAUCGAGAAGAAAGUGUGAACGGGGAACAAAAGAGUUGAAGCUGUUAGUUUUUGCCGGUGAAAAUGUAGAUGCGUUCUUAUAUGUCCGCGUGGAGUUUAAGAACAAUCCGAUGGGUAGGUAAAGAUUAUAUCUUUCGUCUGAUUUGGUAGGUAAAUAUAGUAGCAUUUUGUUAGCUUCAGUGAAGAAAGAAAAGUGUUCUGAGGUUGAGGUGGAUCUUUGAUCAGCGAUGCCAAGCAUUAGAGCUCCAUCCUCAAAAAGGACUGCCAGCUUGCUGGUAUCAGUAAAAUGCAGGCCACUGACUGAAGCAGAAAGAAAGCGGAGUCGGCAUAUUAUUCAAGUAACUGAUGAUAAGAGCUUAACUGUUUUGGAUCCUGACCUGUCGAAGGACUAUCUUGAACUCAUCCAAAAUCGAACCAAAGAGAGAAGAUAUUGCUUUGAUCAUGUCUUUGGACCUGGAUGUACUAAUGCAGAUGUUUAUCGGAACAUAUCAUCUACAAUCGCUGGUGUGGUUCAAGGUUUAAAUGCCACAGUAUUUGCAUAUGGUUCAACAGGAAGUGGCAAAACUUACACAAUGGUUGGAACCCGUAAGGACCCUGGACUAAUGGUUCUUAGCUUGCAUACAAUUUUUGAUCUUAUCAAGAAGGAUAAGAGUUCAGACAUCUUCGAAGUCUCUUGUUCUUACCUUGAAGUGUACAACGAAGUCAUCUAUGAUUUGCUUGAAAAAUCAUCAGGACACUUGGAGCUUAGAGAAGACCCUGAGCAUGGCAUUAUGGUUGCUGGUUUAAGAAGCAUUAAGGUUCAAUCAGCAGAUAAGAUUCUGGAACUUCUGAAUCUUGGAAAUAGCAGACGCAAAACUGAAAGCACAGAGGCAAAUGCAACAUCAUCCCGAUCGCAUGCAGUUCUGGAGAUUACUGUGAAAAGAAAGCAAAAAAAUCAAUAUCAGAGUCGGAUCCUCCGUGGAAAACUUGCACUAGUUGAUCUUGCUGGCAGUGAAAGGGCUUCUGAAACUAACCUUGGAGGCCAAAAGUUAAGGGAUGGAGCUAAUAUUAACCGUUCACUGCUUGCUUUGGCAAACUGCAUAAAUGCCCUUGGCAAGCAACAGAAGAAGGGUCUAGCAUACGUCCCUUAUCGUAACAGCAAGUUGACCCGUAUCCUAAAGGAUGGACUUAGUGGCAAUUCUCAAACAAUUAUGGUUGCAACUAUAUCACCUGCAGAUGAUCAGUAUCACCACACUAUAAAUACACUGAAAUAUGCUGACCGAGCUAAGGAGAUCAAAACUCAAGUUCAUAAAAACAUUGGGACAGUUGACACUCAUCUUGCAGAUUACCAACGAAUGAUCGAUAAUCUCCAGAUUGAGGUUUGUCGCUUGAGAAAGGAGUUAGCUGAGAAGGAAUCUCAGUUAAGCAUCAAACCUGUGGAAAAAGCUGCAGAUGAUGAACUAUCGUGGUUGAAUAUCUUGAGUCGUGAAACAGGUGAGAAUGUACAGGAGCGCAUAAAUCUGCAAAAAGCACUUUUUGAGCUUGAGGAAACUAACAUACGAAACCGCACCGAGCUUCAACAUCUUGAUGAUGAGAUUGCUAUGCAAGAGGAUAAAAGCAUGGAGCGUUAAGCAAUGUCAUGGAUUCACACCCAUGAUGCGGAAGUAUGCCACUUUAUAUGGU